AUGACGGCCAUCCUUGUGCUCAUCUUCGUCGCCGCGGUCGCCCUCCUCCUCUACCUGCGGCACCGACAGCUGAGUGAGGAUCUUCACCCAGCCAAGGAGCGUUCCGUCGUCGGCCCCACUCGAAACGAUCUGCGCUGGCCACCAAGUGGCGCUGGUGGCGAUCUGGGCGCGGCUGGUGAUGCGCGGUUCGGCUACCCGACAGACCGGCGGCUGGACGCUCGCGACGCGAGCUACCUGAAGCAGCCCGGCCUGGUCUACCCGGGCGCCGGGGCGAAUCUGCCCACAGGCUACCAGAUGCAUAGCGCCACUGGCCAACCGGAGCCCGGCUCCGCAGUCUACUCAACCUACCAGCACAAUUCGAUGGGGCACCACGCCCAACAUCCGCAGCACCCGCACUUCAUGCAGCAUGUCCAGCACAACAAGACUCGGGGGCUUGGUUCCCGUGGCCAGCAGCACCACGCCCUGGGGCGGCAGAUUCAACUGCAAGCCGACUGCAUGCGCUCGGGACAGAUGAGGGCGCAGCUCAAACCGGGCCAUACACAGCACCACGGCCACCGUUCGGCCUUUUUGGGGCAGCGUCUUUUGCCAUCGGGCCACGGAGGAGCUCUUCCUCCAAUACCCAAUAGUCAGACGAGCGCGAUGACUACAGCGAUGCAGGCUAACCGAGCAGGAGGUGUUGGUGUUAUGCUCGACUGGAUAACUUCUGGCAUUCGGAGCCGAGUAUACGAUCGUGGUAUGACUACUGGAAACUCAACAACCGUUAUAUCAAAACCGAUUAUUGAACCAGAUCGUCUCUCAACCAAUUCGAUGGAUAGUGAAGAAGUUGUUCGACCUUGCUUUCGCAACUCGGUCGUAUUGGCAGAAAGACUUAGAGGACUGCACCUUGUCCGGAGUCCAUAG